AUGGAGCUUCCCAAAGCUCUCAGGUGCCUGACCCUGCUGCUGAGUUUGUUACCCUGCCUCAGAUGUGUGGAGGCUCUCCUGGGAUCGCAGCCCAGCCAAAACCAUUUGCAGAGUGCAGGGUCCGGCUUGUGUGGCGUUGGGCCCCUCGGGUAUUACAAUGGCUUGUUGGCUGUCACUGAGUCUGGGUCAGAAUGUUUGAAUUGGGCAGAGUUCCCUGAUUAUGUCCAGCAGUACCCAGACCGGGGCUUAGGGAACCACAACUACUGCAGAAAUCCAGACAGGGGAGCCACGCCUUGGUGCUUCUACCGGCUUGCUUCUGGAGCAAUUGGCUGGGCCAGUUGUGACUGUAACCAGGGUGCUGUGCGGCUGUCUGAAGGCGGCAGGGUGGAGCUGUACUUCAGCGGACUCUGGGGCACCAUCUGUGCUGACCGUUGGACAGACUGGGAUGCCAGUGUGGUCUGCAGGCAGCUGGGAGUCAGUGAGAUAGGCACAGCUGGGAAGAACAGCCAUGCUGCCUUGGGGCCAGUUCCACUCCAUCUGCAGUCGGCAAACUGCCAUGGGGAUGAGAAGGCCCUGCUGCAGUGUGGCUACCAGGAAGCUGCGUCCAGAUCCUGUAACCAGGGAAUCGCAGCAGCAGAGUGCGUUCCUCCUGCAGGUGCCGGGGCCCCGCUGCGGCUGGCUGGGGGAAAGGAGAGCUUUGAGGGGCGAGUGGAGGUCUACCACGACGGCAGGUGGGGCACCAUCUGUGAUGACCAAUGGGACGACCGGGAUGCUGAGGUGGUUUGCAGGCAACUGGGGUUCAGUGGGACUCCAAAGGCCUUGUCAUGGGCUCACUACGGGCAGGGCUCUGGCCCAAUCCUGCUGGAUGAAGUGGAGUGCUCAGGGAACGAGCUGUCACUGGACCAGUGCAAGAAGAAUAACUGGGGACAGCAAAACUGUGAUCACAUUGAGGAUGCGGGAGUGUCCUGUGACCCCUUCACAGAGGGCACGGUCAGGCUGGCAGGAGGCCGCACCCCCAGCGAAGGGAGAGUGGAGGUUUAUUACAGGGGAGACUGGGGCACGGUGUGUGAUGACGGCUGGACGGCUCUCAGUGCCCAGGUGGUCUGCAGGCAGCUGGGCUUCAGUGGCCCUGCCAGCCUGGCAUCUGAGGGGGAGUACACACCCGGCCAAGGCUUUAUCCUUCUGGACGACAUGGCUUGUACAGGCACAGAGUUCUCUUUCCUGGACUGUCCCCACAGCAACUGGGGGCAGCAUGAUUGCUCGCAUGCCGAAGAUGUGGGGGUCCGAUGCUCCCCUGAAACCAACAAGAUCAUCGAAGACACUGCUGGGCCCCCUGUGCGGCUGGCAGAUGGAGAGAGCACCAAGGAGGGGCGGGUAGAGGUGUUCCUGAAUGGGCAGUGGGGCAGUGUCUGCGACGAUGGCUGGACAGACAAGGAUGCAGUUGUGGUUUGCAGGCAGCUGGGUUACAGUGGCGCAGCAAAAGCCAGGACGAUGGCGUAUUUUGGGGAGGGGCACGGCCCCAUCCAUCUAGACAACGUGGAGUGCAGUGGCACAGAGCGCACACUGGGGGAAUGCGUCAAACCCGACAAUGGGAUUCACAACUGCUGGCACAGUGAAGAUGCUGGUGUGAUCUGCGACUAUAUGGAAGAGAAGGCCCAGGACACCAGAAACGCAGGCUCAGCAUCUGGCAUGUGUGGGAUGCACUUGCUUCACCGUCGCAAGAAAAGGAUAAUUGGUGGAAACAAGUCCCUCAGAGGUGGUUGGCCAUGGCAGGCCUCACUGCGGCUAAAGGGGUUUCACAGAGACACUCGUCUGCUGUGUGGCGCCACGCUGAUCCACAGCUGCUGGGUCGUGACUGCAGCGCACUGCUUCAAAAGGUUUGGCACUGAUGUGCGCCGCUACCUGCUGCGGGUAGGCGAUUACCACACAGGCGUGAGGGAGGCGUUUGAGAGGGAGAUUCCCGUUGAGAGGAUCAUCCUUCACAGGAACUACCGGUCCAGCAGCAAUGACAAUGAUAUCGCCCUGGUCAGGAUGCGGGGUAGGGGUAGCCACUGCCUCUCCUUCAAUCGCCACGUCCUGCCCAUCUGCCUCCCUGACAGGAAGGAGAAGGCUGCCAUUAACAGGCAGGCCUGCAUUAUCUCCGGCUGGGGAGACACAGGGAAGUCCUAUUCAAGAACAUUGCUCCAGGGCAUGGUGCCCCUUCUCCCAAGAGAAGAUUGUGAGGCUCGUUACGGGGGCAAGUUUACUAACCACAUGAUCUGUGCUGGAAACCUCUCUGAAGAUAAGCGGGUGGAUAGCUGCCAGGGUGACAGCGGUGGGCCACUCAUGUGUCAGAGGUCAACUGGACACUGGGUCAUUCUGGGGAUCAUUUCCUGGGGUUAUGGGUGUGGCCGGAAGGACUCCCCUGGAGUUUACACUAAGGUCAGCAAGUUUGUGCCCUGGAUCAAGAAAGUGACCAAGCUAUAA